AACGAGUAUACUAAUAGCCGUCAUCCGAGCCCCACACACGCCCCGCGAACGGACAUUCUAAGCCAUUCAACACAGCAGCGGGGCCUAUAUCACGAGUAUAUAUAGUGAGCUGAAGUUAGCAACCUAGAUAUUGAGGUAUGUGAUCGAUUACAAUUUUUUCUCGAGCGGGGCCUAUAUCACGAGUAUGCCUAAAAGACAUCAUCAUGGAGUCCUCAAGACUACUAAAAUUUGAACCCUUGACAUUGAUGGUGGUAAUGUAUUCAAAAUUGUGAACUUGCAGAAGAAAACCAGUGAAAAAUGUUUGGGAUUGAAUGCUAUGUGUCCCAACAUGAGGGCUUCAAGGGGACUGCAAAGACCAAUCCUGAAGACUUCCAAGUGUCUGAAAUUUCAAUAGAUGGAAAACUAGCAUCCUUAACAGGGACUAGAAUAGAUCUGAGUGCAGAACUGGGCAUCAGGUCCAUAGACAGUUCAGGAGUUUCUCGUGCAUCUCUUUUGGAAUUGGAUUCUGUGUGUGCACAAAUUAGUUCUGCAUCAGAUGCCAGCAAGAGCCCUUCUAUAGAUAUCCCCACGCAAGUAGGUGAAUCAUCACCCAUCCAGGUCAAUACUCCGAAAGCAACUCAGGACUCUCUUCCAACAGACUAUAGGAAAUGCUUUGAAAAUAUUCUGAGUGCAGGCACUUUCACUGAAUUGGAAAAAUUUGCCACAAAUGAGCUGACAUUGCUUAAUAGGUCUCAUUCUGAAUCAAUAAUGGAGAUGAGCUCUAACACUCUGGAAACACAUCAAGCCCAUCUUAAUUUAGGGGUUAUCGCAAGUAAAGAAUCUCGUACUGUUAUUCACAAGUGUGUGAGGUACCUUUACCCUCAUCUUAGAACACAGAUUCACAGGAUGCCCUCUGGGGGACUAGAGAUUCACAUUUCAAGGGAACCCGCAGUAGUUCAGUUUCAACACCUUCAAAUUCCUCUAUCAACAGUACUGGAAUUUCUCAAAUUUGUAGAGCUGAGAGAUCGGGAGGAUACCUUUCAUUUUGAGGGGCUGGAGUCCAAAGACCAGAGGACCAAGCUGCAUCGUUUGGUUGCCAAGCACUAUGGAACAUUCUUGGAAACUAAGACCUUUGGAGAUGGAACCAACAAUAGAGAACAUCAGAAGGUUGCAGUGCGCUUCAGACCAAUCAAAGAACGUAAGAAGAGGAAAGGAGGAGAAAGUCAUCCUCAAGAUUCAGUUUUUACAGGGUUUACUCUACAGAAGAUCAAUACAGAGACCCUGUCUGCCUUACAGCAACUUGCCAGAUUGAUAGGAGUUCAAACCUCUGCUUUCACCUAUGCUGGCAUCAAGGAUAAGAAGGCUGUCACCACUCAGGAAAUGGUUGUAAAAGAUAUCACCAGCAAAAGACUGGAAGAUAUUUCCAAUCAGCUCCCACAAUGGCUGAAGAUAUGUUCCAUACAUCCCAGGACCAAACCAAUGGUUACUGCUGAGCUAUGGGGAAAUCACUUUGACAUUGCCCUGCAGAAUGUGGAAAGGAAGGCUGGAUCAUCUAAGAUUGAGGGUGGAUCUGAGGGAUGUGGAAGGGUAGAGCUUAAAAACUCCAUUGAGCAUUGCAUCAAAUGUGUUGAGGAGAAAGGGUUCAUCAACUACUUUGGAGAACAGCGGUUUGGAGCCUCAUCCCAUGAUCCCAGUCAAGCACUGACGACUAUAUCGCCAGCUGAUGUAGGGCAUGCCAUUCUUCAGGGAGAGUAUAAAGAAGCAGUUUCUCUGAUUCUGUCUCCAGAUGAUGGACCAUGCGCGAAUCCGUCUGAUCCCACCAAUGUUGCAAAUCGAUGCUUUCAACAAACAGGCUCUCCCAGAGAAGCCCUCAAACUGAUGCCAGCCAUGAAAACUAGAGAGUGUCUUUUGCUCAAGGCUCUUAAUAGACAUGGUACCGAUGACGAGGGUUGUAUCAAAGCUCUGAUGAAUAUCCCUCACAACAUGAGACAGAUGUACAUUCAUGCUUUUUGCAGUUUGCUGUGGAAUCAGGUGGCAUCAUGGAGGAUGCGUUACUAUGGGUACCAUGUAGUAGAGGGUGAUCUUGUGUGUACUACAGACCCAGAAGCAAAGGUGCAUACUGUAACUGAAGAUGACAUCGCCCAGGACAAAUACACCAUUAUGGAGGUCAUGCUGCCGUUGCCAGGCAACAACAUCCAGUAUCCAUCUCACACAGCAGGAGGCGAGUAUCAAAGGAGACUAGAUGAGGCUGGACUCGGGGAAUGCACCUUCAGGAUACCCGCCCUCAAGCUCAACAUCCCAGGGGGCUACCGCAAGGUCAUUGCUCGGCCAAAAAAUCUAACAUGGGGUUUGGAUUCUAGAUCGGAUUCCACUGGAGAUCAGCCUCCAGACAAGAAAGAUGAUGGGGGAGAUUACACCAGAGAUAUGGAAGAUACAUCGUUGCCUAGCAACCAUGAAGUAAGCCCCGCCGGGAAUGUCAGUGAUGCCUUGAGCAGGGAUAGUAUCUUACCAGCAGGGAGUAGGAAUCUAAUGGAAGCAUCUGGGCGCCAUGUGGAACUGGGUUCUAAUCAAUCCGAUCGUAACCCUGCUGUGGAUGGCUGUAAUAAAGAGCAUGGGGUCAGCGCAAACCGACCCCAGGAUGGCCCUGCUUGUCUUUCUGCUUGCCUCAUGGUUUCGAGCACACAUGGACACUCUACUGCCAUUACCGAUGGUAGAACUCUUUCAUGUAAUACUUCCCAAACAACAGAUAAUCCCAAUAGUGGAGUCACAACCCACCAACAGUAUGACAGUAAAUCACCAUGUCAAAUCAGAGAUGGGUUAUCUCAUGGAAAUCGGCAAGAGGAUGAAUUUAAAUCAAGCGGUCAAUCGCUAAAGAGGACUUUGAAUUUGUCAUUUGACUUGCCAGCUUCUUGCUAUGCCACAGUUUUUCUUAGAGAACUGAUGAAGUCAUAGUAUCAUAUUCAACACCUGUGUUCUUUCACAAUAUCUCUUGUUUUCCAUUUGUAUUUAAAGGGGUACUCCAGGUUGAAAAUAAUAUGAUUUGAAGAGAUAAAGUAAAAUCAGACGAACAAAAUGCUGAAAAUUUUAUCGAAAUCGGACAAGGAUUAACAAAGUUAUUCCAAUGGAAAAGAUUUAUGCAAGUAUUCAUGAAUAUGCAAUGAGCAAGCUGAUGAUUUACUCUCCCCACUGUUUCAUUUAUAUUUUUUGUUAUACGAAAUUACAUUUGUUCAAAUUUCAUCCACCAAGAAUGAACAAAAAUUUGAUUGACUACCGGUUUAAUGUGUAAGAUAAUCAAUGCUGCAACCUAUUGUGUUACUGUUACAAGAGGGACAUCAUACACAUAUGUAUGCUGCUAUGAAAGAAUGAUGAUUCAUGUAAUAGCAUAAGAAAAGGGUAAGUGGGGACAUGACAUCAUCAGCCCACCUAUUGCAUAUUCAUGAAAGCAUCCACAUUGCUAAACUUUGAAAUUGAAUUACUUUAUUAGUUUUCAGAUUUUGAUAAAUUUUAAGUAUCUUUUUAAUGAAAUUCACUCAUUUUAUUAGAUGCAAUUUUUUGUCCAAAGUACUCAUUUUAGAUUUAAAGUUUUUUUUUUCUUAACUUGGCAAAAUUGUCAAAUUUAUUGAAUAGAAAUAUGAUAUACACUG